AUGCGACCGCAUCUCCUUCCAGCCAUGUCUCGGUUUAUCCUAUUCAAAGCCAUAAUAAUCUCUGUCUGUGGUUCAACACCUGUGUUUGCUGCUGAUGAUGAGCGAUAUCUAAACUGCAGCAAAAUGUUUGAUUGCGGAAAUAUUAAGGAUAUUCCUUAUCCUUUCUGGGGAUCCAAUAGGCAAGAUUACUGUGGCUAUCCAGGGUUGGAGCUCAAUUGCAGUAACCAAGAUCCGGAGAUCACAAUCAUGCAAUCGACUUACGAAGUCCUUGGUAUCGAUAAUCAGUCGCGGACUCUCAAUGUUUCUGGAACAGAUUACACAGAAAAUCUCUAUCAUGGUGAGGUAACACUGUACUAUGGUUGCCCUGCUCCAAGUCCGCAAGGGCUUUCCGCUCGGUUUACUUGCACCAUUAAGGAGACUGAUAUGAUGGGCUACUUUAUAACAGCCAACCUCUCUAGACUUGCUAUAAUGGCUCCUAGCUUAAUCAGCUACCUGACAACAUGCAAUAAUAGCGUUAAAGUUCCAAUACAUCAAUCAGCUAUUCUGCCGAAUAUAGACAUUACAACCGUAGAACAGUUGCUUGGAGUUCUUAAUCAAGGUUUUGGGUUGGAGUGGAAUGCAAAUGAUGACUUAUGUGAAACAUGCAACCUUUCUGGUGGGCAGUGUGGGUACAACCAGACUACUAAAGCAUUCACUUGUUAUUGUGCGGAUCAACCUCGAGAAUUUAAUUGCGCAGCAUCACCGCCUAGUCAAUCAACAAAAGAUGAACGAUAUGUAAGCUGCAGCAACUCAUUUGAUUGCGGAAUUAUUAAGAAUAUUGGUUAUCCUUUCUGGGGAUCCAAUAGGCCUGAUUACUGUGGCUAUCCGGAGCUCGAGAUCGAUUGCAGUAAACAAGAUCCGGAGAUCACAAUUAUGCAAGUGACUUACAAAGUCCUUGACGUCAAUAACCAGACACGGACUCUCAUGGUUGCUCGAACAGAUUAUGCAGAAAAUAUCUGUCCGACACAACUUUUCAACACAACCUUUAAUCCCAACCUUUUGAAUUACACGCAGGAUGAUCAUAACAUGACAAUCUACUAUGCUUGCCCUGCUCAAGUUCCACCAAUUCCCGGGAUCUUAACUCCGUUUACAUGCAACAUAGACAGUACUAAUACAACGGGCUACUUUGCAGCAACAACCAACUUUUCUUUUCUCGGUAGCUCUGCUCCUCCGUUAAUCAGUUACCUGGUAUCGUGCAAAAAUAGAGUUAUAGUUCCACUACGUCAAUCAGCUCUGCAGUCAAUUCUAUCAAAUGCAACUGUACCAAAGUUGGUUGGAGCUCUUAAUCAAGGUUUUGGGUUGGAGUGGAAUGCAAAAGAUAACUUAUGCGUUACAUGCAAAGAUUCAGGUGGUCAGUGUGGGUACAACCAGAAUACUGCAGCAUUCGCUUGUUAUUGCGCAGAUCAACCUCAAGAAUUUUCAUGCCAAGGUUCACCACCAACUAAUGAUCAACCCUCACACAGUGAAAUAAAAGUUGACCCACUUGAUUAA